AUGUUUGAAGGCAACUUUCUAGAAUCCCCGCAGCAGACAGCGAUUCUAGAAGAAGAGGAAUCCAUUGUGUCAGUACGGAGCCUUGAAGCACUUUUUCAAUGGCUUUAUCUCCGCGUUAUCAAAUUUGAUAUAGAAGAUGCUGAGGAGCAUAUGUCCGCUGCCAUGGAGCUCGUGAGGCUUGGAGACAAGUACGAUAUUGUCGGAUUGGACCAUGAAAUGGCCCAAUAUAUUAAAGGCGUACUGCUUGCCAAUCUUCAUCCAACGACCAACCGAUUUCACCGCCAUAUUGACAACAAUACCUACUGCAUUACACGUGAUCAUAUUUUCUCAGCAACUCGCUUGCCUCGAGAUCAUCCGGUGCGAUGUAUUUUGGCUGCUGCGUCAGUCGAAGGGUACCUUCGGAGCGACACGCACAAGUUUGCUGAGGAAACCCAGCACCAUCCUAUUUUCAGUGCUGAUUUGCUCCGAGAGGUGAGGUUGGCACUGAACGGGAUUAAACCUGUUCGAGGCGCGACCUUUGAAGAUCCAAUUACUGGAGUAAGAUCAGAGCUGAACUCAGUCGGACUAUUUUGGGAUUAA